AUGUCUCACGCCUCACGCCUCACGCUCCUCCACGACUUUCACGUUCUCUUACGCUUUAUGCCUCUUACGCCCUCGACACGGCAAUUUCUUUUUCCUUUCCUCCUUUCCUCCCUCUCACCCCGCUACACCCUAGGCUACACAAAGUACCACGACUUCACGACUACGAUUUAA